CCCCCUUCUAUAAGCGACACCCCUGCGACUCUUUUUCUUUACCCACACCAAGGGAAAAACUCCGAGAGAUACAUAGAGAUAGAGAAAGAGAGAAACAGCUUUUUCUAUAAAGAUAUAGAGAAAGAAAAUUGAGAAGCCAACAGUGACAUCGGCCAUGGAUGCUUUCAAAAAGCUUGAGAAAGUUGGUGAGGGUACAUACGGGAAGGUUUACAGAGCGAUCGAGAAGGCUACCGGCAAGACCGUCGCUCUUAAGAAGACCCGUCUCCAUGAGGAUGAUGAAGGAGUGCCACCCACCACUCUCCGUGAGGUUUCUAUCUUGCGUAUGCUUUCUCGCGAUCCACAUGUCGUGAGAUUGCUUGAUGUCAAACAAGCACAGAAUAAAGAAGGGAAGACAGUUCUCUAUCUGGUUUUUGAGUACAUGGACACUGAUCUCAAGAAAUUCAUUAAGAGCCACUGCCACACUGGAGAGAACAUCCUUGCUAAGACGGUCAAGAGCCUGAUGUACCAACUCUGUAAAGGUGUUGCCUUCUGCCACGCACAUGGAGUGUUACACAGGGAUCUUAAGCCUCACAAUCUCCUAAUGGAUCGACAGACAAUGUCCCUUAAGAUAGCAGAUUUGGGUUUAGCUCGAGCAUUUACUCUUCCAAUUAAGAAAUACACUCACGAGAUUUUAACUCUAUGGUACAGAGCUCCCGAAGUCCUUUUGGGAGCUACCCAUUACUCAACUGCAGUUGAUGUCUGGUCUGUUGGUUGCAUAUUCGCCGAGCUGGUCACAACCCACGCCCUCUUCCCUGGAGAUUCUGAACUCCAACAGCUCCUACAUAUUUUCAGGUUGCUUGGUACUCCAAAUGAAAAAGUGUGGCCUGGGGUAAGCAGCCUGGUAAACUGGCAUGAGUACCCACAGUGGAGCCCCUUAAGUUUGUCGUCGGCUGUUCCUAAGUUGGACAAGGAUGGGGUUGAUCUGCUUUCGCAAAUGUUGCAGUACGAUCCCUCAAAGCGUAUUUCAGCAAAGAAAGCUAUGGAACACCCUUACUUCGAUGAACUGGACAAGUCCAAUCUCUGAACCAGACAGAUGUUGAUCACAAAUUCAUCUUUUGAUUGAGGAUGCCAUGUAGUAUGAAUGUAUUUUGCUUCUCUCAAGCAUAAACCAACUUUGAAUUGCUUGUUUCUGACUAUUGAAAGAUUAUUUCUUGUGUAAGUUUUGUUGAAGACAUCAUCCUGCUUAUCGAGCUUCCAUUUUAGUUAA